UGUAUUUUGUACUUAUUAAUCAUAUCCUAAUAUCCUCUGCACCACAAUACUUUACAUCAUAAGUCCACAAGGAAGUCACAAAUAAUAAUAAUCUAUUAUCUGGCGGAAGGAGAAUUCCUUUUAAAAAAUCAACUACAACUAAAGUUUGACUCCAAUGAAAAAAAACAAAUCGUAACUCUGAAAGACCGUCGACUUCGAAGAAGAACUGAAAGAGUUAACGGGUGAGGGGAACGAUCAGUGAGAGGUGCCGCGGGGACGGACUGAGAAUUAUCCAGGGCCCCUUUCAGGCCCCCGAAGAUGUUCCCCAGACGGUCGAGUGGGAAGAAUCUAGGUUACUCGAGCCAGAAGGGAAUGUGGGCCGGCUAUAUACCGGUUCACUUGCUCGUACACCGCAGUUCAUUCUUCUUUCUAGUCGCGAUUGACCAGUCGACGAGCUUGCGCGAUUCGACCAACCAGAAAACUAAGGAAACUAUAAUAAAUUCGUCGUUAAUUUUUCGUAAAUAGUUCGAUAGUCGAGGGCUCUUGGUGAACCUAAAGGACGACCCAGAGAAGAUUUUUUUUAGAACCAAAAAUAUGAGGACGUUAUGGCUGAUGGUCCUCCUUGGUGGAAUUAUGGUAAACGCACAACGGCGACUUGCUCUUCCCGAUGCACGUAGUUGUGCCAACCGAGUGCGACACGCCACUUACAGGGACGCCAGGGGUGUCGGUCACUCGUAUUUUUUCAGCUGGGAACACCAACCAACCAGGAGUUUGGAGGUGGAUUGGUUGGACGCUCGUAACAUCUGCAGAAGGCAUUGCAUGGACGCAGUUUCUCUUGAAACUCCUCAAGAAAAUGAAUUCAUUAAACAGAGACUCGUCAGAGGAAACGUGAGGUUCAUUUGGACUUCAGGACGCAAAUGUAAUUUUAAUGGAUGCGAUCGACCAGAUCUCCAACCACAAAAUAUCAACGGUUGGUUUUGGUCAGGAUCUGGAGCUAAAAUAGGCUCCACUACACAGCGUAACUCUGGCGAUUGGAGCAAUACAGGUGGUUACGGACAACCACAACCUGACAACCGUGAAGCUGCUCAGGGCAACGACGAGUCCUGUCUGUCUAUUUUGAACAAUUUCUACAAUGACGGCGUCAAAUGGCACGACGUGGCCUGCCACCAUCGAAAGCCAUUCGUCUGCGAAGACAGUGACGAGCUUCUGAACUUUGUGCUCUCCAGAAAUCCUGGCAUACGCCUCUAAACCCUCCGCAAAAGCUUCCAUUGAAUCUUAAACGUUCGAUUUCUAGAAUUUAUGCGACAGAAAAUAUUUAAAACAUACUAUGUUUCAUCAUUAUUUAAUACUAAAUUAAAAGCAAAACCUUGCGAAACAAAAUAGUUAGAAGUCGAACGUUUCAUCUCUGAGUUCAUUUGAUAAAAAAUAUUUCAAACAUAAAUUUUGUUUCAUUGUCAUUAUUUAACCAAUUAAUAUCCACCGUUAAUUUAAUUUAUCUGCAAGCUACAAUGAAACGAUUCGGAAGCUUGUGGAAUUAAUCGAUUACAAGUCAAAUGAUCCAGAA